AUGCUGUUCUCCACUCUUCUCACCGUCACCCUCCUGUCCAUCUUCAACCUGACUUCAGCAUCACCUCUCCAGACGAGAAACACCAUCGAUCCACCUGCUCUCUACCUCCUUCAAACCAAAGUGGUCAAGAGUACUCACAAAGACUACGGAACCAACAAGACCGACUUGUGGCUCUACUCCUACCACACCGGUGCAGGGCUUGGUGAUGCGGCACUCUCGUCCAACAAGUCAUGGGCAUGGCAAGGCUACCUGAACGGUUCCCAGCAACUCAUGACCUACUCUGGCAACCUAGGUGGUCCGUGGCCCCUGGCCAUCGGCUACGGCCCGUAUCAAGAAUGGAACGAGGUGACUAUCAGUAUCGCCGGCAUAACUAGCCUUUAUUCCGGCUUCUUCUUCAACUCGUCUGGGCUCCAAUUCAAUGCCAGUCUUGCGAUUGGUGGCACGGUGUUCCCCAGCUCUUCCAAGCCAAUGGGUACCCCUACGGACCCCUUCCAAACUCCUGCUCCAGAGUUGAACUUCAGCCAGUAG